CCUGCUAUAAUGCCGCUGGGCAACAACAACAACAACAACAAACAAAUUGUUCUUGUCUAAGUGUCGACCGAAACAAGCGCCGCACUAUGGCAGAAGCAUUCAGUUAAAUCGGCAUCGGAAACAGCAGCAGCAACAGCGGCCCGAUAGCAACAAAAGCAAUAGUUCGGUAUCAGCUACUGCUGCCGCCGCCGUGGCACAGCAAGAUUAACGCGCGACAAGGAGAUGUAGCGUCGGCAGCUACAAUCAACUACCAGAUCAUGAUAGUAGACUAAGUAGCAGUGGCGAUGGUCGACGUUACCCGUCAGUCAAGCAAGUUCGACGAGCGCCACAUACGGCGGCAUCUGUGGCCGCUGCUUUAAUCGCCGUCAUCGUCACCGUCGCCGUAGUCGUCGACGCAUGAGCCCCAAAUGUGGCUAGCAGUCCGACAAGUGCGUCACCACAGCUGCCUCCGUCGUAAGUUAGCAAAGGUAAAGAGUUUGGCCCUGUAGCCCGUUCAACGAUGCAAAACAUUCGCAUGAAUUGGCCAGCCACCCGCAAUGAUGACUGCUAACUGAAGAGGUGCGCGAUUCGUGCUGGCUUACGUCUUCAACAGCAGCUACCGAUUCUCUUAAGCUACUUAGAUUAGUGAAAAUUCCGUAACUUCAGUUCAUCUUGCGAUAGAAGAUGUUGCGACUACUGGCCGCCGAUUAGCAAGUUUCGUAACUUCUACUGAGAGUCAUCAUUGGAUUUCUUGGCUUAAGUGUUGACGAAGGUGUCGCGGUGAAGGUGCGCGGAUCGUGACUAGCUGACUAAGUGCAUUAGAAAGUAUUCAUACGAACCUAUAGGAAGAUACCCGCCUUGGCGCAUAUGUACUUUGCGAAAUCCGCGGCAUACAUCUUUCUAGACCCACGUGAACGUCAUACCAGGGAUGUACCAUUAUGGCUAAAAUUGGCCGCUAUCAUAGUGAUCGAAGUGCAGCGCGGAUCAACAGGCAAUUCUGAGUUCUGCGCGUCCGUUCUGUUAGAAAGAUAUCAUUGCAGCGGAAUAUUGGGCCAGCGUCAGACCCAAGCAUGGGAACGAGAACUAUAGUGACCAUAUCUUUUGCAGUAUGGUUGAUAACAUCAGUGUUGCUUAUAUGUGAAGCCAAGCAUUCCAUUGGCCAUCUCGGAACCAUAAAAAAUAUAUAUAAAAUUACGAAACGUCUUGGUCCUCAUUUAGGACCUUUAUUGGGAGCAGCAGCAGCAACAGGGAUGGGCAUCGUGGGCAUCGGCAUUGUUCAUUCGCCGAUGUCACCGUUUCCAGUUCCAUCAUUGCCGCUCCCACCAGUAGGCCAACAACCCGUCGGGCAGGUCCUGUAUUACCCUGGUUAUAAGGACAAAGUCCCGAAAGGGUAUCACCAUUUGCCUCCGAUCCAACAUCCGGCGUACAACAACCUUGAGUAUGGCUAUUAUGGAAAUGUGGGUUACUAUGGAAAGAUAAACAGAUACAAACAAAUGAUGGACGACAGCGCAGACUAUGGCAGCGUUAGUGUAAACGACAUCGGGUACGAUUGGUGAUGACACACGAUUACAGGUAGAUGACUGAAAACCAUGGAUCCUACGCACUUCAGCGAUUUGCUAGUCUCUCACACAAUCCAGCCGCAGCGAAACUUGUAUUAUCAUCAUCAGCUAGGUCGACAGUGCGUUCGAUGUGUGGAGUGGCGUAUUUUCUGUGUGAUCAAGCGUGCUCCCCUACGAGUAUUGAAAUGGGUUGCACUAUUAUGUGUGCCGAAACUGCAAAGCACAAUAACUACUAUUAACGAGUCGUGUACAAAUAAAUGCCCUCCUAGCACCAUGUAGAUAGUACUUUGUAGCCGAGUGUUUAUAUUUAUAUACGAGCUCUGUAGCUGGUACUACACUGCCGUCAAGUCAUGUUUCAUAUAGUCCAUUAGAAUGUAUUGCAUAUAGAUCUAUCCGUGUUCUACACGGUAUUUUGUGUUGUGUCAGUAUGCGUGAGGGUCCACUCCCUCGCUACGAAUGCCUUAAUAUCAAGUGAAAAGGUACUAUUGAUUACUGUAUAUUUAUUUAUGAAUGAUGAAAUCUAAACGUGUUGUGGCCAUCACUUUGUUUGAAUCGGACUAGCUUAUCCUUACUUACUUACUUAUAUUAGGAUUAAUCGUAAAGCCCUCGAUCGCCGUUUAUAUUCGCGUUCGCCUGAUACUGUGCGCUGGAUUUUUUUUUGCAAAAAACACUUUUGCAAACCAAUUGUCUACGCUUUGAAAACUAAAAAUUCAUAUCGUCUGCCUUCAGUAGUAAAUUUCGCCAAAUGCUGCGCCAAGAACUAUGAAAUUUGUGAUUUCAAUCGCAAAUUUUAGCUAAGCUGAGAUGGCUUCGCAAGGACUUCUUCCCGCAGUACUUUCAGGGCUGCUCGCGGCCCUAUCGAGCGUUCUGGGAAAGUUGGCCAUGGCGCGGGAUGACUCCGAACGAGUUUGUAUGGGGUCCGUCCAAGCGUGGCUAGGUGACGAUCGAGAACCAGUAGAAGCACACUACAUAUGCGAAAGCGCGUUAGCGCUAGUGCGAGGGACAUUAUUCGCGCUGAUGAUCCUUUCCAACAUGGUGAUGUGGACCGUCUUUACCCGAGCCCUUCGCUUGAGUACUGCUACCCUAGAGGUGACCGUCGUGAACUUGGCGGCAAACUUCUUUUUCACGGCUAUCUUUGGACAGACACUGUUUUCGGAGCAGCUUACCCCGUUAUGGUUCAUUGGUUCAGUCUUUAUUGUUUUUGGUUUAGCACUGAUGCAUAUCGGCAAUCUACGAAGCGAAAAACGACAGACCUCUCUAAAAGAGCGAAGAUGCGAUAGAACAUACCCAGGACCAGAAGAAAUCUACGAAAGGCACAAAGCACGAAAGUACAAGGCUAAUGUAUUUUAAGUCUACUACUGAUAUUGAGUUCACAUGUAAUUAAUCUGUUAGGAUACUAUCUUAUUUGUAAUAUACUAAUGCAUUUUUAUAUACAUAAAUAAUAACAUGUUUAUAAUGGUUGCUUUAUACUUAGGGAACUCAUCAUCAUUCCUUAGUUUUAAGGAAAUACGUAAUACGUAUAAGUUGUACAUAUGAGCAAUGUUGAUGUUAUGAAAAACUGAAGAGUUUGUCUGUUAAUUUCCAUUCCGUAUUUUCUACUGUAACACAAUGUAAGAGAACGAAGUAGUGUUUCCAUUAACACUGGUUUUUAUCGUUUGUUCAGGACAAUAAAUUACAGAAUAGACCAAAUAAAUAUUGUUUUUAAAAUGUAUGUAAAUAUUUUACGUGAGUUUAGUGGCAAGAGUUUUCGUUGUAUCUACUUAGCGUUAAUAAUCAUCGUUUCUAAACUGAUGACGCAGUUUUGUUUAAAAAAGUGGUGCACUUUCACCCAAAACAGAGAUCUGCCUCUUUUAUUUUGGCCUUUCUCGUUUCUUUUUCGUUUUUUUUUCUUUUUUCGUUUCUUUCUUUUUCGCCCACCGAUUGCCAGCUUAUCCAAGUACUACCAGCUCGAUGCUAAACACACAAAUAAAAGUUGUAGUCAUCAUAAGAGAUCCAACAAUGCACA